CUACUGUCAAAUCCAAUCCAAAACUUCAAAAGUCAAAGUUGAUGUGACACUCGUGUGGAAUCAGAUCAGUAAAUAUUGAAAAUAACCUCAAAAUAGUGUGUUAUACUUGUGUAGUAGGCAAAUUUCGAUGAGUAUUUUGUGGUAGUGAGAGUUGUAAAGUGUUUAAAAUGAAGAAAAAUAAAUCAAAUGCGAAACCAAGGUUCGAAAAUACGAGAAAACUGCUCCGGAAACAAAAACGCCAGCAAAAAAAGGUGCACCGGCAAGAACAUUACUUGAAGAAGAAUGUUGAGAAGCAGCAGCCAGUGUACACAGCUGGCAGGUUUGUCAAAAGACCUGCUGAAUCGCCGGAACCGAAAGUCGAAGUGAAGAAAAAGAAGCAAAAACUAGAAACUCCAUUAGACAUCCUGAACAAAGAACGGCAGAAAGAGAUGAAUGUAGAAAAAAAGCUGAAAAAUGAGAUGGAGGAACAGAGAAAGAGGAUGUUGCAGCAGGCUAAUGAAGAAGAAGACAAGAUAAUUAAGAAAUUGGAGAAGCAGCUGGGACUCAACAAGACAAAGAACAAAAACAGCUAUUUCGCUGAUGAUGGACUUGACUAUUUACUAGAGAUUUGUGACAAAUCAACGACAGAACAAAUUGUGGCAGCAGAGAAGCAUCUAGCUGAAGUCGAAGCAGAUUCUGACUUUGAAGAAGACCUAGCAGCAGUAACAGGGAAAGAAAUAAAAGAUAAAAAGAAAAAUAAGAAGAAAGACAAGACCACUCAUAAAGAAAGUGAUGAGGAUAUAGGUUCUGAUGAUGAAAUGGCAAGUGGAGAUGAAUUUGAUGAAGAUUUAAGUGAAGAGGAUGGAGUAAUGAGUGAGGGAGAUGAAGAUAUGAGUGAUGAGGAUAGAAGUGAAGGAGAUGGUGAUGAGAGUGAGGCAAAUAGCGAUAUAAAUGAGGGAGAUGAAGACAUGAGUGAAGGAGACAGUGAUAUUGAAGAAGAAGAAAAUGGCUAUAGUGAUGAUGAAGGUCCUGAAGAAAAACCAACAAAAACAUCAAAAGCAAAGAAACAAAAGCUAGCCAAACAGAAGGAUGACAGUAAAACAGCAAAAGACACAAAGACAGACAAACAAUCAAGCAAAAAAGAGAAGAUCAUUAAAGAAGAUGAUCUUAGUAAAGUUUUCAGUGAUGAUGAAAUAUCACAUCUGUCUGGCGAUGACGAUGAUGAUGAUGAAUUAGAUGAAGACAGUGCUCCUGUUGUAGAAAAGAAAGAGAAACCAGACAUUUGGGAAGAUAUUUAUGGAAGGAAAAGAGAUAAGGAAGGCAAUGUUAUAAAGGAAGAAAAAGGUGUCUACAUUCCACCUCAUUUAAGGAAUAAAGAUUCGAGUUCUGAUAAACAGCUGCAACAAUUGAAGAGGCAAAUUAAAAGUAUUCUCAAUAAACUAGCAGGCACAAACCUACACUGGGCGUGUACUUCAAUAGAGAACUUGUACCAGUGCAACAGUAGGAACUCAGUGAACACUGCACUGACUCAGUUGUGGUUGGACGCCACGGUGUCCCCGGCCGCUACACCGGACAGAAUGUUGGCGGAACAUGCAGCGCUUGUAUCUGUGUUGCAUGCUAAUGUCGGGUCUGAGAUCGGAGCCCACUUCUUGCAAGAGUUAUCGAAGCGGUUCGAUGACAUGAUGCAGACACCACAACCAGUCGGCGACAAAACCCUCGAUAACUUGGUGGCGUGCCUUGCUCAUUUGUAUAGCUUCAAGAUUUAUCACGCGACUCUUCUAUAUGACAUUCUGACCCGUCUUCUGGACUCCAUAUCAGAGAAGAAUAUAGAAUGUGUUCUGGUUGCUCUACGGUGUGUGGGAGGAGUGCUUAGGAAAGAGGAACCGUUAGCUCUGAAGAACUUCAUACAUGACACGCAGGGACGUGUCGCUAAGCUAAAUGAAGCUUCUGCUGCAGGAUCUCGUAUAAAGUUCCUGUUAGAAGUUCUAAUGGCUGUGAAGAACAACAACUUGACGAAGAUACCUAACUACGAGCCGACGUACGCCGAGCACCUUAAGAAGAUGACCAGAACCAUCAUCAGGAAGGGCAACUACAUCACACCACUAAACAUUAGGCUUGAGGACCUGUUGAAAGCGGACGAGCGCGGCAAAUGGUGGGUGGUAGGUUCAGCAUGGGAAGGCAACAUGCCCAGGCUGGAGGAGAAGCCCAGCAACAAGACAGUGCCCACUGCUGAUCAGAAACUGCUGGAGCUAGCCCGGCAGCAGAGGAUGAACACUGAUGUGAGACGCAGCAUCUUCUGUGUUAUAAUGGCUGCUGAGGACUAUAUGGACGCGUUUGAGAAACUCCAACAUUUAGGUCUGAAAGGGCAACAAGAGAGGGAGAUAGUACACGUGUUACUAGCAUGCUGUCUUCAGGAGAAGACUUAUAACCCAUACUAUGCAGUGCUGGGACAGAAGCUAUGCGAUACUGAUCGGAAAUACCAGCUUUCAAUCCAGUUCUCAGUGUGGGAUAAGAUUAAGGAGCUGGACAGUAUAUCAAAGCAGUCCACGACGAACCUGGCGCAGUUCCUCAUACACCUCAUCAUGGAGAAAGGACUUGCACUUUCUGUAUUAAAGGUAAUACAAUUCUCAGAACUAAACAAGCACACAGUCCGCUUCAUGCGACAGAUUCUUCUCUCCAUAAUCAUGAAUGCGGAUUUCCAAUCUUCUUUAGAAGUCUUCCACCGAAUUUCGAAACCUCCCAAACUCCACAUGUUCAGAGAAAGUGUCCGUUUGUUCAUACAACAUUUUCUCAUCAAAAAUGCCGGAAAGAAGAGUGAGGUGCUCUCUAAAGAAGAAUUGGUCACUUUAAAAGAACGAGCUCAAGAAGUUGAGAAGAUAUUGACUUUACACGAGUCUAAACUGAAGUUUUAAUGUUAGAAUUUUAUUAUAAG